CUAAAUCAAACAAUCAGUUACUCAUAACAUGUGAAAACAGCAUCUCUCCAAAAUGAGCUCAAUCGGAGUUGUCGUGUUCCGCAAUUCGCCACUCAAGACCCAAGUGCUGCAAGAAUCUGUGAACAAUUCAGUGAAUAUAACAAAUAAUGACGCAAACAGACGUGAAAUCGUUAUAGUGAGGAAAAAACAAAAGCUACAAUCACCGAAUACAGUGUCAGUGUCGUCAUUAGUGCAUUCCAUUGAAAGCAAUGCAAAUUCAUUAGCGAAGCGCCCAAAAUACCGCGAAAAUAUUCCAGAGGAUAACGCGAGAGCUGCAACACCUCUCGCUGUAGCGCGCCGAAAUGCGCGGGAAAGGAAUCGCGUGCGACAAGUCAAUGACGGAUUUGCCGCCUUGCGCAGACACAUACCUGAUGAGGUGGCUGCGGUGUUUGAAAAUGCAAACUCAAACAGAGGACCAAAUAAAAAAUUAAGUAAAGUUGAAACUUUACGCAUGGCCGUCGAGUACAUAAGAAAUUUGGAAACACUACUUAAUAUUGGGCACGCUGAUAAAGAAAACUUAUCUCGGCCAUCAAUGGAAUCUUUUCCGUCUCCAGCAUCUUCAUCUCCGAGAGAAAAUAGCCAAGAGCGAAAUUAUUAUUGCUUAAAUUCGCCAGGUAUGGAGGACGAAGAUUUAGAUGAAGAUGAUCUGGACGGUUCCCUGCAACAAAUACAAACUCAUCACUACGUUGACCUACAAAGCUCUGAGACAUUCCAAUUAGUGUCUACUCCUCGCCUUUAUGAAGAAGAUAGGACAGGACAACCCUUGACACCAUCAUCAGAUCUUCUAGCUCAAGAUGAAAUUAAUCAUCAUCACCUUCUAGAUGGCCAUUUUCAAUUCCCCAAUUCGGCAGAACAGUUUACAGUAAUUCCAGAACAAAAUUAUUGCAGUGAAAAUGAUGUCCCUAUUAAUGAAAAUGAUUUCGAAGUCAAAUAUGUGGAUUCAAUUCAUCAACAAAUUCACACUAAUUACGAAGAUGCAUCUGAGCUGCCUCUGGACGCUAUCAAUCCAGAUAUGAUUCUUAAUCACGCUCAGUUCAAAUUUAAAGAAGAAGAUCAAGUGUCGGACGAUCAACAAUAUAGCGAUAUAGAACUCAAAAAAGAGCUUCCUGACAUCCAAGUCACUCCCGAAGAUCGUGAACAAUUUGAAGAAACUCUAAAAUGGUGGCAAGAAAAAACAAGGCAGGCGCGUUCGUUAUCUAAAAAUAAAACGCCUUAACUAGUUAUAAUAUUAGAAAACUUUUUAUAGAAACAUGUAGAUGUAAAUAGUAUUUAAUUUAUAGGUAUGUGAUGUAAACAUACAGCUGUCAGUGCCAAAGUCGAUGUACGAAGCGAGCGCAAGGUGUUCUGUAACGGUCAUUUUGUAGACUAGUUAGACUUUGCGUCUAUCGCGUUAUAAAUGUCGCAUAUAUGUAAAUGCCAUUUAUGCUAGUGUCAAUUAAUUUAUAUUGUAUCUAGAUUAAAAUAUAGAUACGUUUGUAACUAAACUUAGAUAAUAUUAAACCAUAAGUGCUUUUAUAAAUCUAUAUAAAGGUAGGGCACCUGAUGGACAA